CGCGCCGCCUGCCCGCCCCGGCGCGGCCGCCCGGCCGAGGCGCGGGGCUCUGCGGGCCCGCUAGGCGCCGUCCCCCGCCCGUGGGGAGGAGGGCUUUCCGGGGCGGGGAGCCGCCGGUGCCGCGGAGGGCGCGGGCAGGGCUGCGGCGAUGGCUGCCGCCUGGCCCUGGCUGCUGCUGUGGCUGGGGGCGGCCACCCUGCGCGCCCGCCCGACCCCGCCGCGCAUCCGGCUGCCCCUGCGGGGCGGCGCGGCCCUGCCGCCGGCCCGGGCGCGCCGGGCGCCGGAGGAGGCCGAGCGGGGCGGCAGCUUCGUGGAGAUGAUUGACAACCUGCGGGGCAAGUCCGGGCAGGGCUACUACGUGGAGAUGACGGUGGGCAGCCCCCCGCAGAAGCUGAAUAUCCUGGUGGACACAGGGAGCAGUAACUUCGCUGUGGGAGCUGCGCCUCACCCCUUCCUCCGGAGAUACUACCAGCGGCAGCUGUCCAGCACCUACCGUGACCUGCGGAAGGGUGUGUAUGUGCCCUACACCCAGGGCAAGUGGGAAGGGGAGCUGGGCACUGACCUUGUCACCAUCCCCCACGGCCCCAACGUCACCGUCAGAGCCAACAUCGCUGCCAUCACGGAGUCGGACAAAUUCUUCAUCAACGGCUCCAACUGGGAAGGGAUCCUGGGGCUGGCGUAUGCCGAGAUCGCCCGGCCCGACGACAGCCUGGAGCCCUUCUUUGACUCCCUGGUGAAGCAGACCCGGGUGCCCAACAUCUUCUCCCUCCAGCUUUGCGGCGCAGGCUUCUCGCCCAACGAGACGGAGGCCCUGGCAUCGGUGGGAGGCAGCAUGAUCAUUGGUGGCAUCGACCGCUCGCUGUACGUGGGUGACAUCUGGUACACACCCAUCCGGAAGGAGUGGUACUACGAGGUCAUCAUCGUCAAGCUGGAGGUCAACGGGCAGGACCUGAACAUGGACUGCAAGGAGUACAACUAUGACAAGAGUAUCGUGGACAGUGGGACCACCAACCUCAGGCUGCCAAAGAAGGUGUUUGAGGCUGCGGUGAAAUCCAUCAAAACAGCUUCUUCGACCGAGAAGUUCCCGGACGGCUUCUGGCUGGGGGAGCAGCUGGUUUGCUGGCAGGUCGGCACCACCCCCUGGCACAUCUUCCCGGUCCUGUCCCUCUACCUGAUGGGGGAGGCCACCAACCAGUCCUUCCGCAUCACCAUCCUGCCCCAGCAAUACCUGCGCCCGGUGGAGGACGUGGCCACCUCUCAGGACGACUGCUACAAAUUUGCCAUCUCGCAGUCCUCCACAGGCACCGUCAUGGGCGCCGUGAUCAUGGAGGGCUUCUACGUGGUCUUCGACCGUGCCCGCAAGCGCAUCGGCUUUGCUGUCAGCGCCUGCCACGUGCACGACGAGUUUCGGACGGCCGCAGUGGAGGGGCCCUACCUGCACUCCAACAUGGAGGACUGCGGCUACAACAUCCCGCAGACGGACGAGUCCACCCUGAUGACCAUCGCCUAUGUCAUGGCGGCCAUCUGCGCCCUCUUCAUGCUGCCCCUCUGCCUCAUGGUGUUCCAGUGGCGCUGCUUCCACUGCCUGCGGCGGGACCACGACGACUUCGCCGACGACAUAUCCUUGCUGAAGUGACCGUGGAGCGCGGGGGCAGCCCCAGGGGCCACAGGCGAGGCAGCGGGGCAGGGAGAGGUAGGUCCUGGCCCUGGAGGACGCGGUGCCCAUCGGGGCCAGCGGGCUGGGAGCGGCCGUGGGAGCCCCAGGCCUGGGCUGCGUUCAUCUGGGACCUACAGAAAGAGCGCGGCAGCCGGGGAGGGGGAUGAGAGCGCAGCAACCCUGUCCCGGGGGCUGGGGGCAGCUUCUCUGGCUGUCCCAAGCUCUCCUGCCCAGCCCUGCCAGGCUUGAUGGAGCCAUGCUGAUGAGCCACCCCCUGCCUGUCCCAUCUCCCUCCAUCCCUGUGCAUCUGCCGCCCUUCUCAGCCCACCCUGCCGGGAAACUGCCAGCCCAGGCUCCCCACGUAGCUGUGCGCGCGUGCAGGCAUGCUGUGGCUGCACCUUCCCCGUGCGGCUCCCUGCCCGGGACGCCUGCCUGAGCCAGACUCCAGCGUUCAGAUCUCCGGAGCCUCCCGGGCAGUUAGGAGACAGCCAGCCAUGCAGGGCCGGCCUGGGGCCGCUGGGGACAGGCAGAGGCAGGGGUUUCCCUCCCAUCCUCCUGCUCCCCCACGCACUGCUUGCUCUAACAUUUUCCAUGGCAUUUCCCCUGCCCUCUCAAACUGCUGCCACCAGCCCUAGGACUCCCUGCACCCCCCCCCGCCCUCCCAGCUGCCUCCCAGGACAGGCAGGAGCAGGCACCCAUCCUCUCCCCACUCCGCUUUUGCUCGCCAUGUCCCCUCUGGGGACGGGAAACCGCCUUGCCUCCCUUCCAGCAUCAACAGCGCCUGCCACGGAGAAGCCAGUGGCUGCUUCCCCUCGCACCCCGGGGAAAGCAGCCUCCCAGCUCGGGGACACGGGUGCUCGCCCCCAUGGGCUGCACGGGGAGGGAAAGAAGCAGCCGUCCCCUGCGAGCACCACCUGGAGACUGCGUGCCAGGAGAGAGCGAAGCACCCAACCCCGGCCGCUCCCCAGCCCGCCUGCCCGUUCAAAAGCCAUAGGGGAGCCAGCGCCGGGCUCGGCUGGCCCCCGCCUGCAGCCCCUGCCCUGCCUCGUCAUCAGCACGUCCCACGGCACAGCAGCUCCUCUCCGCUUGCUUCGCGCAUCCUGGCCCUGGCUGGGCCCCGGCUCCUGCUCCUGAGGCGCAAGACACCCUGGCAGCUUGGGGACAGGCGGCGGCUGUGGGGACUGCAGCGUUUAUUAGUUUUUAAACACAUGGCUGUAUUUAUUUCUUUUUUUUUUUUUUUAAAUAAUGCGAGUCACUGGUAGUGCAGCUGUGCAGAAUCCGAACGUGUACAUAGCAGGUCCCACACCACACAGGGGUGUACAAAUAACGGUCGCUUCUCACCUGUACCAUAUAUACAUAUAUCUAUAUUUUUAAUUCUAGCGCUGAAACCCAACGUUAGGGGAUUUAGUCCUGUUCUGUCUUGGGGGGUUUUUUUUAAGUAUUUUUAGCCCUCUGCUCAGUCCCAGGGCCUUGGCCACAACCCAAGGCCAGGGCUUGCUCAGCAGCGGCGCGCUCUGGCAGAAGCGCUUUAUGGAGCAGAGGCGGUCCCGUUGCUUUCAGAGGAGGCGGUGACAGCCAUAGAGGGAUGCAGGAUAGGAGAGUGCUUUGUUUUAAAUGCCGACAUCCACUAAUUAAAAAAAAAGCAACAUUGCUCCAGGAGCAAAAAAGACAGGGCUGCCUGCGGUGUGCGCAGGCACGCACAAGAGCCGAGCCACCACUUCGGGCAGGGACAGGGGCUGGAGCGCUGCAGGGCUGCAGUAACCACCAACGUAAAGCUCGUUAACUAAACCCUGCAGUUAAAUAUCCCUUGGAAAAAGCAGCGAGGGAGCCAGCGCGGGAGGCAGGAGGAGGAAGCAACGCCGUGCAGGAGAGACGAGCCGGCCCUAGCACUGGGCACCGCCACAACAGCCUGUUACAUGCACCCCUAAACCGUCCCACUUCGCUACUAGUGCACUUGCAAGUAGCACCCAGCUCCUGUGCCCGGCUCCGAAACUGCAAGCAUCCAGCGAUUCCGCCCUGGCGCGAGAGGGCAACAUUACGCAAUCACAGAGCGUGCACAGACCCCCGUGCCCCUGUGCCUGCCCAGGACUUUCCCCCCUGCCCCCCCCCCCCAGCCCCCCAGGAUCCCAGAGACUGUUGUGGACCACUGCCUUAAAUCACGCUGGCCAGCGUGCGCGUAGAAAGGUUUGGACUGGGGACAAAUUCAGGCGUGCUGCACCCAGGCGGCGCUGGCACUGACGAACCCCACGGCACAGGCGCUAGCUCUACCAGUGCCGAGUUUGUGCCACAGGCUGCGAGUAAGGGGUGCCGAGCACCUCGUAAUCCCACCAGAACCCAUGGAGAAAGGGUCGGUGCAUCAGCCCCUGCUCUACGAGAAAGUACGGGAGAGGGGAAAGGUGGAAGUACGACAGGUUGGUUAUCUGUCCUGAACUGCAGCGCAGCCGACCCGUUCGCUGACGGCAGGGAACACCGGGUACAGGCGCGUGCGGAACGCUGCCCCGCAGGAGGGGGACGGGGACAGUUACCACAGGCUGUCGCUGUAGACUCCAGUACUCUGUAACCUAUUGUCUAUGUAAGAACAAUGAAUGUUAACACGGUAAAUUAUUAUUACAUUAAAAAAAGAUCACCAAAAAAA